AUGUCCAACCCUCCCCUGUCUGGACAGCUGAAGGCGGACUCGGUGAGGGAGGUGGCCUACACCCGGAGGAAGCAGCACCAGGCCUCCCUGCAGUACUACUGCGCCCUCAACGCCCUGCAGUACCGCAAGAGAGUGGCCAUGCUCGAACCCAUGCUGGGCUACACCCAGGCUCAGAUCAGUUUCUUCAAGAAGGGCAUUGAGCUAGUGUCGAAGAAGAUGGACAAUUUUCUCUCCUCAGUGUCUAACAUGACUCAGAGCAUUCAGUCCCAGCUGGACUCUGAGGCAGAGGCCAUGCGUGUGGUCCAGAGGGAGCUUCUGUCAGUGGAGGACACCGUCUAUAUGCCAGAUAAGGACAUUGAGCCCGUCAAUCGUACACUCAUCCAGAAGGCUGGCUACCUCAACAUUAGAAACAAAACGGGACUGGUGACCACCGCCUGGGAUCGGCUGUACUUUUUCACCCAGGGAGGGAACCUCAUGUGCCAGCCCCGAGGGGCGGUGGCAGGUGGCAUGGUGCUGGACCUGGAUAACAGCUCUGUCAUGGCCGUGGAGUGUGAGGACAGACGCUACUGUUUUCAGAUAACCUCCCCUUCAGGAAAGACGUCAAUGAUUCUGCAAGCUGAGAGCAAAAGGGAGUACGAGGAGUGGAUUUGCACCGUGAACAACAUCUCCAGACAGAUCUACCUGACUGACAACCCGGAGGCUGUGGCCAUCCGAUUGAACCAAACUGCAAUCCAGGCAGUCACCCCCAUAACCAGCUUUGAGAAGAGACAAGAAGGCUCCCCGAACCCAGACAGGCAAGCCGUUCCUUUAGCAAAGCCCGGAGGUGUCCAGGCCUCCGGCAACGAUUCUCAGAAGAAGAGCGGGGCCGCUCUGGAGCCGGAGGAUCUGAUAGCGCCCGGGACGCCCAUUCAGUUCGACAUCAUGCUGCCGGCGUCCGAGUUCCAGGACCAAAACAGAGCCGGGGGGAGACGCACCAAUCCAUUUGGAGAGACAGAAGAGGACUGUAGGGCGGAGAGUGACGACUCCCUGCUCCAGCAGGUGUUCGCCGUGCGUUUUCUGGGCUCCAUGGCCGUGCGCUGCGGCGACAACCAGGAGGUGAUCUACGAGGCCAUGAGGCAGGUGCUGGCCGCCCGCGCCAUCCACAACAUCUUCAAAACCGCAGAGGCCCACCUCAUGGUCACCAGCAGCAGCCUCAGGUUGAUAGACCCCCAAACUCAAGUGACAAGAAUAAGUUUUGAGCUGGAGGAGCUGUGCCAGUUCGGAGCCCACCAGGAAAACGGGAGGCUGAUGGGAUUUGUGGUGGAGGGACGGGACUGGAGCGAUGGCGAUGAGGAAGGGGAGCCCUCCUUUUGUGCGUUUGUCUUUGAGAGUAACACCGAGGGGGAAAAGAUAUGUUACACCAUCAACUUGGCAAAGGAAAUUACAGAAGCCAAGAAGGACCCAGAGGCUCUGGCCGAGCUCAUGAAGAAUAUGCCUCUGACCAAUGAUGGGAAGUUCCUGCUCCUGGAGCCAGAGACGGGUGUAGCCACGAGCGGAGCAGCACAGGAAGACCUGGAAUCUGAGGCCUAGUCCCGAUAAGGACACUAAUCAUUACCCAAGAGGGGCCGAGGGUCUCAUCUUGCCCCCUGCCCCCAACUACAAAACUGGUACUCUAACACCAAAACUAGCGAGUGUAGUUGACUUCCUGUCUCCUCCCCGUGCUACUAAAUCUCCAAACCUCAGGCUGUUGUUAAAGCAGAGGACGUUCAUGGGAGUUUGGCUGGACCAAAAAAACUAAGGAAAGAAAAUGGUAAUGAAAAAAAAUCUGUCAUUCUAAAUAGAUCUAGCAUGGAUCUUUGAACUCUCAGUCUUAUUUUUCCUUCUGCACCAUGUCAGUGGUUCUCCAGCCUGAAGGAACUCUGUAGGUACUGGUUGUGUUUAACUGUUUUGCAUUGCUCUUCUUAGGUUUACCAUUAAUUUAGGCUCAGUUUGAAGUUGUAUUUGAGGAGCUCCAUCCUUUGUUUUAAUUGUAAGCUCGCAUGUCAGGCUGAUCUAUUUUUUUUUAUGCUAACUUUUAGAUUUUUCACUCGCUAAAACAUUUCUUGCACUUCCAAGGUUUUUUUUUAAUCUUUUGAAGAACACCUGGCGGCUGCUGAAUGCACUAAUUAAUAAACCCGAAGACGCUGAGAGUUUUAAAAUGGCAAAGCUACAUUUGUAUGCAGAGUGACUGAUCACAGUCACACUCUGUGAUCAUGUUUUCUUUUCAAUCUGCACUCUUAUCACAGCGAGGUUACUGAUUUAAUAUCGAAGGGAUUCCCAGUAAGCUGAAUUAAUGUCAAACCUGACAUUUUUCUCCACAGCCUGUACAAAGCCUAUGGUGAUCCAUAUGCCUGAUCGUCUGUUAAAAUCCCCCCAAAUGACUCUGUGCUUCAUGCCUCACACCCCUGUGUAAAUAUGACCUGUCAGAUUGUCUAAAUAGUGUUUAAUAAGACUGUUGUGGUGCAUGUAACAUUCUCCGUUGUUCCCCUUGCAGAUGAGGGCACUGCUCUUUGCACUGAGCUGUGAUGCUAAAAGGAAAUGGGCUAAAAUAUCACAUCAAUGCAUGACAGCAGACCUACAGGCGGGUACUGUACCCUUAGAAAACUGCAUAUUGCCUACUUUAGACAUAUUGACAAAUCGAGGCAAAAAUAACGAACAGAAUUCUGUUCUUUCUCUGGAUCCCAGAUCUGAACCCUCCAGAAUGCAGACAGGUGGACAAAAGAACUGCUGAUGAAUGUUACUUAAAGUGGUUUUGUUUCUCAGUUUGCUUUGCUAACAUUUUAAAAGCAUAUCAGAGGCAGAAAGAUGCUUAAAAAAAAGGACAAAGUAUGGCUAAUUCAUUCAGGAAGGCCUGAUCACAUUGGCGUGCAAUAUGAUUUAAAUGUGCUUAUGUGGGGAGAAAAAAAAGGGAAUGUAAAAAGAAAUCAAUAAAACGUCUGCACAGUUUAAGCUGAUUAUAGAUACCGUUACUAUCUAGCACCCCAUUUGCUGUUCAGUUCAAAUGUGUACCGUCACUGGGUUCAAACUCCCAUGUAAAACAGUCAACACAAAUAAGAGCCAGAGAGGCGGCCUCUCUCCCGGCAGGGCUUUAUCUGAAGCAGGAAAAAACAACAAAGCAAAGGAGGAUAAAUGAAUAAACAGAAGAAGCUGUCAGUCUAACAGCAGUUUAUAUUUCCCCGUGUCGUUUAUUGAUUCAGCCUAAACCAUGUUCACUUCUCAUGGGUGAAAUUUGAUGACUGAUGUUAGAUGUGGGUGCUUUUUGUUGAAGUUGCGGUGCAUGAAAUUGAUUCAUGCCUCAGAGUGGGAUCUGGGCCUAUCCGUCAUACUUACGGCCCCACCUGCUCGGUCUGAGUGUUCUGGAAGGGCGCUCUUUCAUCCGGUAAUUUUGAGAUCUCUUCAUGACUUGCAGAUAGCUAAAUUGAAGCUGGUUUUUACCACACAUAUUUAUUAUUUCUGGCUUAUAUUUACACUCCGCGUGCUGCAACUGCUCUGUGAAUUAAUGGGACGCUGUGGGGUAAACGGGGGGGAGCUGAGUCAAGAGGGUCAGAAUGCUCGGCUAAUAACGACAUCAGAUUUCAUCUAACCUAAACUAACAUCGCUACGCAGGAUGGCGAGACAUUUUACAGGUCAUGAGGGCGUAGAUGAGCAGCGAAAACCACAGAAAACUCCUCGUUUACAACAAAUGUAACAAGUAACCUAAUUGUCAGAAAGUAAGAAGUGGUCCUGAAAUAUCAAACUUUCUUUUUUUUCCGUGACUGAGAUGCGUAUUGGCAGGUUGUCUGAGGGAUUAAAACCACACUCAUGCACGUGGAUGUGUUGAGUGCACAAAUCCAGUUUUGUUCCAGUCUGAUGAUCGAGCUGCUGUUGGUGCUUUCUCUCUGGCGCGUGGCUCAGUCGGUGGGAUUUAUUCCAACUUUACUAUUCCAUCAACAGAAUAAAUCCUCCUACUGUAGGUGGCCUGCCGCGGCCCCGUUGCGCUCAUCACAGCUCCGAUAUGUUUCUGCUCUGGUGUCCUUAACAUAGUUUAUUUAUCUUUCCAGCUGUCUUUUUUUUUUCUUAGAACAAAUGGCAGAAUUCAUAACCUGUAAGGUGUUUCUCUUAAUUUGCCCUGUUUUUUUGUUUUGUUUUUAAACCAAUCAUGUUAAUGUGUAAUCUUUAAUAAACAUGACAUUUUUCUUAA